AAUGUGGCCAAAACAAUCUGGCAACUCUGCCCCACAUGGAAGCAGACAAAAGCGCGGGAAGGGAACCACAACAAAUAGUGUAGUACAUAUCCUGUGAUCUUUGUGUCAGUGUGCGUGAUGGUGUCCAAUGCCAGCGAGCCAAGCAUGAGGGUGAACGGCGCCCUGCUGCCCAUGUACACAGGCCAGAAGGUGGUGUUAGUGGGCACCGUGGCACAGGUGAGGGAGGACAGUGGUGGUGGUGGUGGUGGCAGGCCGGCUUAUUUCACCUCCUCACUCGUUGUGUUUGUUGACCCCUCUGGCUCCUCUCUGAUGGUGAAAGCAAGUGACGGCAAGAUGGUGAUGGUGACCCUGCCCAACCCCCUCCAGGACAACUUGGAGGGCGUCAUUGAGGUGCACGGUGUGGGUCAGGGGCAGAAGGUGAUGUGCCAGAGUUACAUCACGUUCCCCCAAAUGCAGGCCGACAAGUUUGAUGCAGCACUGUACGAUGAAGCGCUGAAGCUUAUUCAGUCUGUGAGGGACAACCCAUGGAAGCCAGAUAUGUAAGAUUGUAUGUGUGUGUGUGUGUGUGUGUAAAAUUUUGUCACUCUAAUUAUGUGAUAGUGUGUGUGUGUGUGUGUGUGUGUGUGUAAGGUAGCCAUUAGUUCCAUCAUAUAUUUGAAGCAUUUUUUCAUAGCAGUGCAAGAAUUAGGGGUCCCAUCCAAUGACACAUAAGUAAAUGAAGUAUAUUUUUGUGUCCUGCCGAGUGGAUAGGUGGACAGACAGGACACAGAUUGAUGAAGGUGAAACUGUUCAUUCUAAAGUCUCCAUCUGAUGUUCCAGUGAGGAAUUUUGAUAUAGAAAUUGAUGGAAUAUUGAGUAGGAAAGAGCAAUUGUUCCGUCUCACCCUGCCUUGACUGGGUUGGUGGUACUGGGUCUUGUGGCAGUCACUUCACUGAGUUAAUAAUUAUUCAGCUAAUAGAGGAAAGUUUAGUUAUCUUCAUACUGUCAAUAUUUAGGUAUACUGUUUUGUUUUGGAAUGUAAGGUCAAAAAUAGGUAGUGUCCAUGCUGUCAGGUUUAUUAUUACUGUUUUGUUUUGAAAUGUAGCAAGGUUAAUUCAGCCACAACAUGAUGAAUGGUUCCGCAGAGUGGUGGUUAUUUCACUGCUGUUUGUGGUUUGUCUCUCGUUGUCUUUUACUUUCAAGUCUAGGAAGUUUAUUUGAUUAUUAUUAUUAUUAUUAUUAUUUUAUUUAUUUUUUUACGGUUUUGUUUUGAAAUGUAUCAAGGUUAAUUCAGCCACAAUGUAACGAAUGGUUCUACACGCUGGUUAUUUCACUGCUGUUUUUUAUUCGUCUUCCGCCGUCUUUUAUUUUGAAAUAUACCAAGUUUAAUUCUUCCACAAUUUGGUGAAUAGUUUUUCACUCGUGUUUAUGGCUUAAGAUUGUCAUUCAUUGUCUGAUUGAACAAAAUGAAGUACUGACACAUUCA